UGUCCGCAUAGCCGCCGACACCGCCGCUUCUGUACUCCGAGCGCGCAAAGCCAUCGCACAAACUUUGAUAAGCUGGAUCCUUCGCGCAAAGGAGCAGAUCCCAUCGUUCUUUUCCCUAAAGUGCAGAGCGACUCGCUAAUUCUGGGUGAUAAAGCUUAAGAAUAAGAUCUGGACAUGGAAAGCACUCCAGUUGAAAUUUUUAAAGAAGACACUAAGUGCCUGUCCGGGCUGCUGGAGGACUGCCCGGUGAAUUCAUCGGUCUGGAUAUCCGGAGAAAGCCGCAAUGUGACCCGCGAUGAUGAGAGCUGGGAGCAGGAGAGCAUGUCCCCCAUCAUCCCCAUCAUCACCGCGGUGUACUCCGUGGUGUUCGUAGUCGGCUUGCUGGGCAACUGCCUCGUCAUGUAUGUGAUCAUCAGAUACACAAAGAUGAAGACAGCCACCAACAUCUACAUCUUCAACCUGGCUCUCGCGGACGCACUCGUCACCACCACCAUGCCCUUCCAGAGCACCGACUACCUUCUGAACACCUGGCCCUUCGGGGAGGUGGUGUGCAAGGUCUUCAUCGCCAUCGACUACUAUAACAUGUUCACCAGCAUCUUCACUCUCACCAUGAUGAGCGUGGACCGGUACGUGGCUGUGUGCCAUCCUGUUAAAGCCCUGGACUUCCGCACACCCAUCAAAGCCAAGAUGAUUAACGUCUGCAUCUGGAUCCUGUCCUCAGCUGCAGGGAUACCUGCAUUUGUUCUGGGGGGGACACAGACAAACAGCGACAUAACUGAAUGUGCCUUACAGUUCCCCGAGCCUUACGCCUACUGGGACACGAUGAUGAAGAUCUGUGUGUUUGUGUUCGCCUUUGUCGUGCCUGUGCUCAUCAUCACCGUCUGCUAUUCCCUCAUGGUCCUGAGACUGAAGAGCGUACGGAUGCUGUCCGGCUCGCGGGAGAAGGACCGCAACCUGCGGCGCAUCACGCGGCUGGUGGUGGUGGUGGUCGCCGUCUUCGUGGUCUGCUGGACGCCCAUACACAUCUUCAUCCUGGUCAAGGCGCUUGUGAGCGUGCCCGAGACAACCGCCAUCAUGGCCGCGUACUUCUUCUGCGUGGCUCUGGGCUACACCAACAGCAGCCUCAACCCCAUCCUCUACGCCUUCCUGGACGAGAACUUCAAACGCUGCUUCAAGGACUUCUGCCUUUCAGCCAAACUGAGGGGGGACAAGACGUCUGGCAGCAAGAAGGUGCCCAGCACGGUCCGGGCCACCGCCAUCCCCCUGGAGAACCCGGACAGGACUAAUAAACCCACCUGACUAGCGGUGGAACUGUCUUCAAUUUCCCAAAUGGGAAAAGAAGACUCCCAUGACCUGGGCCUAACGCACAUCACUUCAGCGAUGUAGACUUACUCUGUUGUGAAAGCUGAUCCACCUCUUGUUUUCAUAAUCACCAUAAGGGGGAGCAAAGCUGACAAGACGUGUCAGCAACUUUAGCUUAAAAGCACAUGAAAGUCAUCUGUUUGACAACUUCAUCCUCUUUGGUGUUUUAGCAUUUGAAGGUGAUGUAUUGAAUUUGCAGGCGGAUGCAAAGAAGACAGUGGUUUAAAGUUACCUAUGAGAAGGGUACAUUGAGAGGGGAGGGGUCACUAGCAAUGCUUAUGAGUUUGCUAGCCCUUCGUUUGGCCUGACAGCCUUAUAUGUCUUAGAUUUUUUAUGUGCGUUUAAUCGUGGAGAUUACCAACUUGAAGUUACCAAAUUUAUUUAUUUUUGUGUAAUUUGUUUAUAUUGGUUGACUUGUGAAUCUCCCUCAAUCACUCAUGA